AUGUCCGGCAUAGCUUCUGUGUUCUGCCAUUUGAGAUUUGAGAUUGGAUUCCAGAAGCAUUUCUCGUACGAUAACAAAAUGCAUAAACUCGGCCACCACCCCAAACUCGUGGUCGAGCCCCAUCAUUGGGAAGGUGGUGUGCCUGUAUUCUGUCCUUCUGAGAACGAGUUUGAAAACUUUUACAAUUUCAACAAGGCCAUUAACAAGUACGGAAUGCAGUCUGGAAUCGUCAAAGUUAUUCCUCCUCGCAACUGGAAGAAGUCUGUGCAACGCUGCUAUAACAACGAAACCCUAGACAACAUCAAGAUCAAAAAUCCAAUUGUUCAGCAUAUAAAUGGGUCGAGUUCCGGCGUAUAUUCGCAGCAGAAUAUUGAAAAGUCAAGAACUUAUAGUAUCUACCAAUGGAAAGAGCUCUCGGAAAAGUCCAAUUACCAGCCACCUGCUCACCGGGGCAAAGAAAGGGAACAUACCAAAAGCAGUGGACGCCAGAAAACCAGAAAUGAUGGAAAAAACCAUCACCCCACCUCGGUGGUUCAUAUCAAUACCGAUGAUUUCACGCCAGAGAGAUGUACAGAGUUGGAAAAGGCAUACUGGAAAUCACUCACGUACGCCGAACCUAUGUAUGGCGCCGAUGUUCUGGGGUCUUUAUUCAGCAAAAAAGUCAAGUCAUGGAACGUUGCGUCGUUGCCCAAUGUUUUGGACCUAAUGGAAACCAAGCUCCCCGGAGUCAACGAUGCUUACUUGUACGCUGGUCUUUGGAAGGCUACUUUUGCAUGGCACUUGGAAGACCAGGACUUGUAUUCAAUCAACUACAUCCACUUUGGUGCCCCCAAACAGUGGUACUCCAUACCUCAGGAAGAUGCUGGCCGAUUCCAUGAUCUUAUGAAGGACACCUUCAGCGAGGAGUACAGAAAUUGCAGUGAGUUUUUGAGGCAUAAAACCUUUUUGGUUUCGCCUCAAUUUCUCGAGAAAAACAACAUUCAAUGCAAUAGAAUAGUGCACAAUCAAGGCGAGUUCAUGAUCACCUAUCCUUAUGGAUACCAUGCCGGUUUCAACUAUGGCUACAAUCUUGCUGAGUCUGUCAAUUUCGCUCUCGACGACUGGUUCCCCAUAGGCAAAGUCACCAAGAAAUGUGAAUGCAUUUCUGAUUCCGUUGGUAUUAAUGUUGAAGAAUUGCUCUGUAAAUUCAAAGGUGUUCCUUACAAGUACAAGCUGCCUGAAAUCGAAGAGAAUGAGUCUCUGGAGACCGAGGAACCAGAAGAGAAGACCAACGUACCUUCUCGAAAGCGUUCUAGAGUGAAGACAUCCAAAUUUGAUGCAAGAUUUGAAUGUGCAAUAUGUCCUAUACAAAUACCUGAUCAGUUCAAGGUGUCGCUCUUUUCUCUACUUGAGGUUGAGUCUCCGAAAUCAAAGAGAAACCUUCAUGUCCACAAGCUUUGCGCCCAAAUGUUCCCAGACCAAUUGACCAUCAAGGAAGAUACCGUACAUGGACUUGAGAAUAUCUCCAACGCCCAAAGAUCACUCAAUUGUUCAUUCUGUGCCCGCAAGUACGGUGCCUGUUUUCAGUGCGAGCAUCCCAAAUGUUUCAGACUGUUCCAUGGCUGCUGUGGAGUCUUCGGUGGAGUCAACUAUGCUUCUCCUAUAGGGCAGAAAACCGGGGAUAAAACUCUCUGCCAUUUACAUCGACCCAAGGAGUCCGAUGUGAAAGAUAAGGCAGAUGUCCCUAGAGGAGCAGUAGUACAGUUCAGGCUCAAGAAAGACCCAAAGAAAAUAGUUAGCGGUUACGUUUCUGCCAAUUCCGUCAACGAAGAGUCCAUGGAUAUCAUUCCUUUAUUUGGAGACGAUGCUGCGUUCGAAGUGUUCUAUACUGAUGUUCUUAGCGGCUGGAUCAAUAUGGGGUUGACCGACACUAUUCUUCGUUCUCGUAACGUUCCUUCGACCAAACCAACGAGGAAAAAGCCAAAGAUUGAAGACCAAGUGCUAGAUGAUAACCAAGUUACGGGACUCGAGAAUGAAAAUCUCACGCUUAUGACUUAUGAAAACUAUUUUACCGAGGUGGGAGUAUUUCCUACAAUCAGAACCAACUACCACCAGGUGGAGUUUUGGUACCAUCUUCCUGACGAAUCAUCUCGAGAAGUAGCAAGGUACUCGAAUAACCACAAAUCUCGUAUACCCAACGAUGAACGGUACCUCAGGUCUCAGAAGAGGCAGAGCCGACAGAAACGAAGCAGCGAAUCACCUUCAAAUUCUGGCAGAGAAAAAUUGUUGAAGCAUUCAGAGUAUAUGCCUCUGGUUGCAUGGGGGCCUGUGAUGAUGCCAAUGGCGGGUCCAAUGGCAGGAAGGAGUCCUAUGGUUAUUGCUCAAGCAAAUACCUCUCAUCACAGAGAACCACUUCAUCCAGUAUCUAUGAGGGCAGAAGUUCAUCACUGA